UUCUUCCUCAAAUCGACACACCGGCCCGUGCAAUUUCUCUCUUCUUCUCUUCUUCUUCUUCUUCGCGGUUCGAUUCUUUAUGGGUUUUGGGGUUUCUCUUCUUGGCGUUAAGUUUCAACCGUUCUUCUCAUCAUUUUCUCUGGUAAGUCUUCUCAUAGUGAGUUUCUGAGUGUUCCGGUCAUUUUUGGGUGUCGACUAAGAGUGAGAUUUUCGGUGGUUCGAUCGGUCGGUUUGGAGUUUUUUUGGAGGCGGUUGAGGUUCUUUGUCAUUCACCGCAAGAGAGGUGAGGUUGUAGACUGAGCCAUCAAAGAGUUUCCCCAAUCGUUUUAUCGAGUCGUCCAUUCGUCGCCUGAGGAGGGUGCUACAGAGGAAGUCGUCGCUGCUUGCUAGCCGCCAUCGCUACUGCCAAGACAGUGUUUGAUGAUUCCACUUGUGAGGGUGGCUGUCAGAAACAACGUCGCCGGUAAAACCUUCCAUUGCCCAAGGAGGUAGAUUCCGGUAACAACCUACCGGCGACGUUGACGAAAACCUUCCCCACUUCCUCCUCCUUAGGCAACUGUGUAGAUUCCGUUGCCCAAGGAGGAGGAAGUGGGGAAGGUUUUCGACAACGUCGCCGGUAAAACCUCCUUCAACGAGCUCUGCGCAGCACGAAACGGCAAUGGAAGAUAUGGGUACAUCAAUGGCGAAGACCCCUAGAAAGCUUGUUUCAUGUGUACUCCUUGAUUUGGAUGGAACUAUUCUUAAUACAGAUGGCAUUGUGAGUGAUGUUGUCAGAGGCUACUUGGUUAAGUAUAAAAAGCAAUGGGACGGGAAAAUAGCUCAUAAAAUUGUGGGAAAGACACCUUAUGAAGCUGCAACUACUCUUGUGGAAGAGUACGAGCUUCCCUUAACUACAGAUGAACUGCUAUCGGAUAUUAAUCCUAUACUCUCCACCAAAUGGUGCGAUAUCAAAGCUCAACCAGGGGCGAACAGGUUAAUUAACCAUUUAAGGGGUCAUGGCGUGACUUUAGCGUUGGUUUCAAAUUCUUCUAAGGCAAAUAUUGAGACAAAGAUAUCUUUCCAUCAUGGUUGGAGAGAAUCUUUCUCUGUUAUUAUAGGUGGCGAUGAAGUUGCCCAUCCAAAGCCAUCACCUGAGAUAUAUAUUGAAGCUGCUAAGAGGCUUGAGGUGAAUCCUUCCAAUUGUCUUGUCAUUGAAGAUUCAUUACCAGGUGUAAGUGCUGGUAAGGCCGCAGGAAUGGAAGUGGUUGCCGUCCCAUCAGUGCCUAAACAGUCCCACCUAUUCACCGAUACAGAUGAGGUGAUCAAUUCACUGCUAGAUUUGCGGUUAGAAAAUUGGGGUUUACCACCAUUUGAAGACUGGAUCGAAGGUACCUUACCUUUAGAACCUUGGUACAUUGGUGGUCCGGUCAUUAAAGGUUUUGGUAGAGGAUCGAAGGUCCUUGGAAUCCCCACAGCUAACUUGUCCACGGAGGAUUAUUCAGAUCUUGUUUCGGAGCAUCCCUCUGGCGUGUAUUUUGGAUGGGCCGGAUUAGCAGCUAAAGGCGUUUAUAAAAUGGUAAUGAGCAUCGGAUGGAACCCUUACUUCAACAACACCGAGAAGACAAUCGAGCCAUGGUUGCUUCAUGAUUUUAAAGAGGAUUUCUACGGCAAAGAUUUGCGUCUUGCUAUAGUAGGCUAUAUACGCCCCGAGACUAACUUCCCGUCCCUCGAAAGCUUAGUGGCGAAGAUCCACCAAGAUCGAGAUGUCGCAGAGAAAGCGCUCGAACUUCCGAUGUAUAGCAAGUAUAGGGAUGACCCGUAUUUGAAAGUCCGUCUUAGCACCAUCUACCAACAUCGCCGGAGUCGAUCGAUCUUACCAAGCAAAUGGGGUGUAGGAGUUUUUAAAAAUAGUAAGAAGGAAAGCACAACCCAAAUGGAAUUUAAUUUCCAAACAGAUAAGAGGUUCAAUACCAUUCCCCAAGUUGAACUCUUCAACAAGUUAAACAACUAUCAUCGAAUAUUCAAGCUACUGUUACGCUCUCUCUGGAAUCUGAAACACAACCAGCUGCUAAUCCUGAUAUAAAAGAACGUAGUCCACCCUGCACUGGAAAAAG